AUGACAACCAACAGCCCGCCCGGCCCCGGCCCCAAGCGCAAGCGCGAUUCCGAGCCCACCUCUCUCAUGUCUCUCGGCGACGACAUGCUCGCCGAGAUCCUCAGCCGCCUCCCGUCGCUGCCCUCGCUCGCCAGCGCCGCCCUCGCCAGCCCAUGGCUGUGCGGCGUCGCCUCCUCCCCUGCCGUCUUGAACCCCUUCCUUUCCCGGGCUCCGUUACUCGGCUACUUCGUGUCGGUCGCCGACGGCGCCGUCCCCGCCUUCCACCGCGCGCUCCUCCGCCGCGACCGCCACCUCGCCGCCGUCGUCCGCCGCGGCGACUUCCAUCUCACGGAUCUCGAAUACGAUGGGCGCCUCAUGGACUGCCGCCACGGCCUCAUACUCCUCAGCAGCCGCCGUCAGUUGGUGGUGUUCGACCCCGUCUCCCGCUCACGACUGCAUAUACCUAUACCCGAGAAGCACAUCUACAGCAGGUCGCUCCACUGCUUCCUGCCGGCUUGCGGCGGCGGUCCAACCUCCUUCAGCGUGCUCUCCAUGGAGAAGAAGGGUGGCAGGGUGCGCACACGCGUCUACAGCUCCCGCACGGGCGAGUGGUGCUCCCACUCGUGGGCGCCCAAAGGUAUCAAGGGACCGAGGGAAUCCAAGCUCGGCUGGCCCAUGCACGCCGGCGGGCGCAUCUAUUGGAGGAGCGUUACAGGAGAUCAGCUCACCUCGCUCGACGUCGGCGCCAUGGAGUUCUCCCACGUUGAGCUCCCGGGUAACCUGCACAAUCAGCCACGGUCGUACCCGUACGCCGUAGGGGAAACGGAGGACGGCACAACCUGCCUUGUGGCCAUGAGUCGCAAACUCGUCCUGCAGGUAUGGUUCCGCAUGGAGGAGGACAAGUCCUGGGAGCUACAGAGGCAGGUGAAUGCUUCCAGAUGGUAUCUGCCUCGAGGCCGAUUGCAGAAGGUCUGCGAUGUGACGGCCGGCGUCGUGCUCCUCUCCAUGGGCACGGAGAAUGGCGGCCUCCACCAUUAUGCCUUUCGCCUCAAGAACGUCCUCGAGGAAGGCACCACCACCACCAGGCCCGAGUUGGAGGCAGACUUCUUCAUAUUCGAUGCACGGGUGCAUCCCUACUUCAUGGCAUGGCCACGACCCAGCCUAAAGGCUGCUGGUAGCUCUAACACGAAGAAAACAAGUCUGAAAGAUCAAGAAGCUGGUGGCUCUAAGAAGAAUAAGAAAACAAGCGUGAAAGAUCAAGAAGCUUGCAGCUCCAAGAAGAAUUAG